ACUGGGAUGCAGAGAGAACAUCAAACAAACCAGCACGAAGCCUAUUUCUCGACACUGUCGGAACGCUUUGGCAAUGUCGGUCGCGAGCCGUGACCAGCCUCCGUGCGUGUGCCAAUGUAUCGUGGUGUCAAUAUGUUCCAGGCAACGUGUGCACAAAUCAAUUGGAAAAGUCAUUUGUUUCAUUAGCGCGCUUCCCGUUACUGACGACCGCAUACAAACAAGAUUCUCCGACUCUCGUCUCCUCCCUAUAAUCACUAGAAAGGGAUUUUCUUUUUUGGUAUUGUGGACCUCGAUCUCGUCCCUCCGCUAAAAACCCAUUGCGUGACUCGGGCGUAUGAAUGACCUGUAUCGCGAUUAUUAUAUUGAUGUGGUUGACUACUUUUCAAGAUGCAUUGAGGGAGCCGUUCCAACAGCGCUACAAAAUGGCCUCGUCGCAAUAUCGUGAUCGCCGACUGAACCGGCCCUAUCUGGGUGGAACUGUCGUGUCCGUUGUCACCGGAGAGAGAUGUCCCCGGUUGUUACAUCGAGCCGGAAGUGUAGGUCAUGAGGCGGAAUGGCACCUGAACUCCGUUUCCCAGCAUCCCUCGCGAACGCCGAGUUGACAGGCAGCCAAUGGGCGCCAUGACAGGCCGGCACAUGACGUCGGUCGUCUCAAGUAAGUUCCCGGCGGCGAACAGGUCGACGUUCCCCCACGGGAGAAUCGAGUUUUGCGGCCUGUGGAAAAGUGAGCGAUGGCCUCACCAGUCUCCGUCUACAACUCCAAUGUCUUGGACGCGCACAUCUCCAGCACCUCCAGAGAGUCUCUGAAGAUGGAGUUGUUGGCCGACGUCACACUGCUGCCCGGGGAGGAGAGAAUUAUAGACAAGGACAUCAUCUACAUCUGCCCGUUCAGCGGCGCCGUCAAAGGCAAAGUGUUGAUCACCAACUACAGACUCUACUUUAAGAGCUCUGAUGCGGAUGUGGCGGUGACACUGGAUGUUCCUCUAGGCACCAUCAGUCGUGUGGAGAAAAUGGGCGGGGUGUCAAGUCGAGGGGAAAACUCGUACGGCCUGGACAUUACCUGCAAGGACAUGAGAAACUUGAGGUUCGCCCUGAAGCAGGAGGGCCACAGCCGACGAGACAUCUUCGAGCUGCUCUUCAAACACGCCUUCCCCAUCUCGCACGGCCUGCCGCUGUUCGCGUACGUGACUCAGGAGAAGUAUGAGGAGAACGGCUGGAGCGUCUACAGGCCUGUGGAGGAGCUCAGACGGCAGGGCUUACCCAACAACAAGUGGCGCAUUACUUUCAUCAACAAGAACUACGAGCUGUGCGACACGUACCCCGCCGUGCUGGCCGUGCCCUUCAAAUGUAAAGAGGAGGACCUGAGGAGAGUGGCUUCCUUCAGGUCCCGCGGCCGCAUCCCCGUCCUGUCCUGGAUCCACCGGGAGAACCGGGCGGCGAUCGCGCGCUGCAGCCAGCCGCUGGUGGGCAUGUCGGGUAAACGGAACAAGGACGACGAGCGCUACCUGGACCUGAUCAGGGACGCCAACGACACGGCCAAACUGACCAUUUAUGACGCUCGCCCCAACGUCAACGCCGUGGCCAACAAGGCCACGGGAGGCGGCUACGAGGGCGACGAGUACCACAACGCCGAGCUGGUCUUCCUGGACAUCCACAACAUCCACGUCAUGCGGGAGUCCCUGAAGAAGCUGAAAGACAUCGUGUACCCCAAUGUGGAGGAAUCCCACUGGCUGUCCAGUUUGGAGUCCACACACUGGCUAGAACACAUCAAGCUUGUGUUGUCAGGAGCCAUCCAAGUGGCAGACAAAGUUUCCAGCGGCAACUCUGUGGUGGUCCACUGCAGCGAUGGCUGGGACAGGACUGCUCAGCUGACGUCUCUGGCCAUGCUCAUGCUGGACAGCCACUACCGCACGCUCAAAGGACUGCAGGUGCUCAUCGAGAAGGAGUGGAUCAGCUUUGGACACAAGUUUACUUCUAGGAUAGGUCACGGUGACAAGAACCAUGCCGAUCAAGACCGAUCGCCCAUCUUUGUCCAGUUCAUGGACUGCGUCUGGCAGAUGAGCAAGCAGUUCCCCACCGCCUUCGAGUUCAACGAGCGCCUCCUGCUGACCAUCCUGGAGCACCUGUACAGCUGCCGCUUCGGGACUUUCCUCUACAACUGCGAGAGCGCGCGAGAGCAAAAUGCCCUGCGGCAGAAGACGGUGUCCCUGUGGUCUUUGGUCAACAGUAAGACGGACGUUUAUUUGAACCCUUUCUACACGCCCGAGUCGGGGAGGGUCCUUUACCCGGUGGCCAGCAUGCGCCACCUCGAGCUCUGGGUCACCUACUACAUACGCUGGAACCCGCGCAUCCGACAGCAGCAGAGCCCGGUGGAGCAGCGUUACCUGGAGCUGUUGGCGCUCCGAGACGAGUACAUCAAGAAGCUGGAGGAGCUGCGGCUGUCCGACUCGUCUCGUCUGGCCGACGACAGCCCCGGCGCCGACACGUCGUCCCCGUCCCCUGCGUCGUCCCCCACGCGGCAGCGGCACUACACGCAUCUACACACGCCCUUCUGAGGCGCACGCACACACUGUUCACUGCUGUCGUGUCUGUGCGGGGCUAACAAAGAACACUAACAGGACUUGAGUCAUUUUAUGUUCGGCAGGUGAUUAUGCAACGUGGCACCGCGCAGCCUCGUCACCAUACGUGCACGCCCACACGAGCCUUAAAUACGGUUGCUGGCUUUCAAUACAAGGGCUUGUCCACACAAAGGACAGGAAGCUAACGUGUCGACUGAAGACACGCACACAAUUUCAAGUCGGGGUGGAUUCCAUUUCUCUCUUCGCUCCCGAGCUUCCCUCGCGACCGUCCAAGAUUGACCACGUACUGUCCCGAUUUGUCGGAUCUCCGUGCGCUGACCUCGUCCCGGUGCCGCCAGCGGUGCUACGCUAACCUUCGCUUUCCCAAUUCCGUGGUGUUCGGACACGGGCGCUGUCAAAGGGACACUAGAUUCCAAUUAGGAUUGGGUCAGUCAGGAUAAAUGUCAGCGGAUUGAAGUUCAGGUGUCCUUUGAUGCAAUAAUCUCCAAAAGUAAAUCUGCGACCCCUCCCCUUCGUGAUCUGAUUGGCCGCAGGGCGUCGUCUUUGUGUUGAGCCAGUUGCGUGCCUUGAUUCCCCCGCACUUCACGUCGGAGCCCCUCGUUGUCGCUACGAGGCUCCCGACCCGCGCUUUGCUUUCCGGUCUGCUAGACAGGGUACGGCCCGUGGCCUGCUUGUUGGGCCCGUCGCUUGCGGUGUCCCGCAAGGCCGAAGAGCUUGAAGUGUACUUGUUGCGACGCGCGUCUGUUCUCGUCGACUUGCUUUUCCUGGGAGAGAGGAGUUCUCCUCUCGGCAGGCGUCGGACGUCGAUGCUGUUUGGUUUGCCGGCAUCCGUCCUGAAGAACUAAUUACAAGAGAAACGGGCUCAGGUGCCGAGGAGCUUUUUUGAUUUUAUUCCCCCCCUAGCAAAGCGCUUGAGUUUUGGGGGAUGAAAAUCCCAUUUUCUUUGCUACUUUUCUACAAGCACCUGGAUCAGGAUGUGAUUACCUCAGUCCAAAGCUAUUUUCCGCUCUGUAGUUGUAGAAUACAAUCAUUUGAUUCUUUUUCGCGGGAAGCGUUUGUAUACUACUCUACUUGUCUUUGAUCUAGUUUGGUUCCUUUUGCUGCUCUUUGUUGUUUUUCACAAAAGGGAAGAAGAAUACAUGAGCUCCAUCGAUCCUCUCCAUAGCUGCUUGGUUCUGUAAAUAUUAUUGAUUAAAUUAAUUUAAGAUU